UUCUUUUCUUACACCCAUAAACAACAAAAACAACGGUACACGCACAUACUUCUUGAAUUUCUAGAAACAAAUAACAAAAAAAUUAGUGUAUUUUCUAGAGAUUCAGGAAGUAAAAAAAAGGAAAAAAAACAAACACAGGAGACGCUACCUUUGCUCACCGAUUGGCUGGCUGUUUGAUUGAUUUAUUGUUUUCAGAUUUAUUAGCAAUGAUGACAUCCCAAGGAGAUAACGAACAUGUGAGAUUGGUUAUAUCUAGUGAAAAUAUUGUGGCUGACUCCAGUAUCUCACAACCUCAAACAGAAAGUAGUAAUCGGUCAUUGAAAUGGUGGAUCAAGACUCUCACGUUGUCCAUAACUGCUAUUGUAGCUACUCUAGCUUUCUUAAAAUGGGGUGUUCCGUUUGUUUUUGAGAAGGUUCUUCUACCAAUGUUGCAAUGGGAGGCCACUGCCUUUGGUCGCCCAGCUCUUGCAUUCAUACUUAUAGCCUCUUUGGCAUUGUUCCCAGUGUUGCUGAUCCCUUCUGGCCCAUCCAUGUGGCUUGCAGGGAUGAUUUUUGGCUAUGGUCUUGGAUUUGUAAUAAUCAUGGUCGGAACAACUAUCGGGAUGAUUUUACCCUAUCUCAUCGGUCUGCUCUUCCGCGAUCGCAUUCAUAAAUGGUUGAAGAAAUGGCCACAGACGGCUGCAAUGAUUAGAUUGGCCGGGGAAGGAGAUGGGUUCCAGCAAUUCCGGGUUGUUGCACUUUUUAGGAUUUCACCAUUUCCAUACACAAUUUUUAACUACGCAAUAGUAGUGACCAGUAUGAGAUUCUGGCCCUAUUUGUGUGGAUCAAUUGCAGGGAUGAUUCCAGAAGCAUUCAUUUAUAUAUACAGUGGGCGGUUGAUAAGGACAUUUGCAGAUGUGCAGUACAGAAACCACCGAAUGACUCCAUUAGAAAUUAUAUACAACGUGAUCUCUUUGAUUAUUGCAGUAGUUAUGACUGUUGGUUUUACGGUUUAUGCAAAGAAAUCUCUAAAAGAACUUGAAAAUGAAGAGAAUAUGGACUCAGAGCAUGGUAAUAUACAGCUUGAAAAACUUCCACUUGAGAGACAAAAGCAUUUCCAGACGCCUUCAGUAUAGCUUAUAUGCAACAUAGAUUCUUAGUGUAUAUUAUUUGAGCUCAUGUGGGUUUUUCUUUUAGAUCUCUAACCACUUGUAAUUAAGCAAUUGAUGAUGGAAAUAAGGACUUUGAAUACUACAGAUGAGAAAGUUUUUGAAAUCAAGGUACACACCUCCAUCUUUCUCUUGCUCA